CCUCAUCUUACCAAAGCUUGGGUCAAAUAGAAACAGCACAAUGAGAUUUCCUACGGCGUGCUCGAGGUGCAGAAGGAGGCGCAAAAAGUGCUUCCAAACAAAACCCGGGGGUCCGUGUGAUGCGUGCGCCAAAAAACGGCAUCACCAAUGUUCGCUCGUCGAGACUUCUCCACAGCAACGACGUAUCUCUCCUCAUCACCGAAGAGUCGAACACAAUGAUCUGAACCCACAAUUUUUUCUCUCGCAUGACCUGAUUGAAGACCUUGUGGAGAAUUACAUUCACUACAUACUUGACAGACCCCAUACUUUGUUCCAUCUACCCACGUUGCGAGCUGCAGUGAAAGAAGACCGGUUGGGAGAUGCCUUGCUCUUCGCUAUACUAGCAUUUGGCUGUCGAUUCCAUUCUAAGCCUGAAAUAGCCUCCCUUGGACCUACUUUCAUGCAAAAAUCCAAACAGCUACUGAAGCAAGAUAUGGAGAACAUCUGUCUUGAGAAUAUCCAGACCUGCGUCCUGCUCGCAAAUUUAUCAUCUUCGUCAAAAAAUCCAGAAUCAGAAGCGCUCUUCGUUACCCUUGGCAUUCGUAUGGCCGAAAUUCUUGGUCUGCACCAUCCGGAUCCGGCAGACUCGGAGGUCUUACGCGAAACAAAAUGCAGGGUAUGGUGGACUUUAUUCAUGGCAGACCGCUGGAGUUCUAUUGGUCGCAACCUCCGUCGCGCCAUGCCAGACUUUGAUCAGGAGACUCCCCUACCAAUGGAUGAAGAUGUUUUUCACCAUAUGGAUGUUGACGAAGGUAGUGAGAGACGUCCUACGCGCCCACGUACACUGGGACUUUGGGCAUACAAUGUCAUGCUUGCAAAACAGUUGGAGCCUAUCCAAAACUUGAACAAACAGUGGGAUCAAGAGGAUCUCUCCGAAGAUUACGUCAUGCAACGCGUUGCGGAUCUAGCAGACGGCCUACGACUUUGGGAAGCGGGUCUCCCUAAGGAAAAGAAAGCGACAGAGGAGAACCUUCGGGCACAUAGUGCCAAAGGCCUUGGAGGACCAUUCCUCGCCAUACAUACAGGCUACCACCAACAUUUCGUACUUCUGUUUUUCAGAUUCUUAGAUCUCAAUCGAACCCAGACACCGAAGUCAAUCGAGUAUGCCGAGCUUUGCAAGCAUCACGCAAGUGCGAUUAGUCAUCUCGUCCAACUCUCUCGCCAAGUUCCUAAUUGUGAAUUGGUUUUUGGAGGGGUAGGCUACAUGACAGUUGUCUCUUCUGCAGUACUGCUGCAUACGCUCAUAUUUGGUCAGCAAGAUGACACGGCUGAUAUCCGAGCCAAGUUGGAGUCCAACUUUGAAGCCAUCUUUGAGCUUCAAAGAUACUGGCCUUCGAUUCAAAACUCAAUAAGACGUCUUCAACUAUUCCAAAAGACUUGUACAGGACCCGGCGCAAUGCAAACCUACAAGUUCGACAAGUGGAUGGUGAGAUUCUUGGUAGAACACCAUCUGCCGCUGGAUGAGCCUGAAGGGAACCUAUCGUCUGGUGAGGCGAAACAUAACAUUAUGUGAAUUUAGGAAAGAAGCUAAAUAUUAGAUUCUAGGGUGACUGUUUGCGUUGAUAAUUACAUACACAGUGAUGAUUUUCAGGAUUGAUUUAUAAGUAUAUUCGUUGCGCUAUGUUGUUAGAUUGGUCCUACUGGUAGCUCAUGGGGAGGUGAGACGUGAGACGGCGGAGUGUCUGAGCAUAAUAUAAAGUGUUAAAGAGGGCAUCUUUAUAUUCUCAAGUCGUACUUACAAAGUUCAAGUUAUAGUAUAUCAUAGAAACAAGAAAGUGAAUUGCCUGUCACCGAAUAUUUAUCGCAUAAUUAUCAAGUAAGUUAAG